AUGGAGCCCCGGUCCAUGUGGAGCUGCUUCGCUAUGGAGAACGAGCACAUGCGUAAUACCCUGGGCUUCCGCAAGGAACGAUUCAUUCCCCUGCACUUUGAGCGCAAACCGCAGAAGAAAGCCACCGACAAGCGAGACGACACACAACAUAACGCGUAUGCCGCAUCUCGUCAAGCAGAUCCAGAGUCGCAAGGAGCUGUGCACCUUGAAAGCCAGCGCGCCAAGCUCGAAGACUCGACCGAUUAUGCCUACAAGUCGGUCUUUUUAGCGGUCCUAGUCGUUGCCCUCAGUGCCCUGACCAUUUUUGUCUCUGCCGAAGUCAUCGAGGUGACGGUGUCGCGUGCGUCCAGUCCAACAAUAUGGAAAGGCCGCCUUGGAGGCAGUUGCGUUGACGACAUCGUGGCGUAA